AUGAGCUUCUACAAUAACUACUGUGGUGGUCUGGGCUAUGGCUAUGGUGGGGUAGGAUGUGGUUAUGGAUGCAGGUAUGGCAGCUCUGGCAGCUAUGGAUAUACCUGUUAUCGUCCAUGCUGCUAUGGAAGAUACUGGACUUCUGGCUUCUUCUGA